AUGGAACAAAACGACAGCACCGGUGUCCCUCAUGACUACGAUCUAUCAACACCUAUAUCCUCCACCUCAGGCCUCCGACAAGGCUUAACGUUAUACGGCGAUGCUCACUUUUCCCUCUUCUUGAGAAAGGUAUUUGUCAAGGCACUAGGGUACUCCGAAGACGCCCUUUCCAGACCUAUAAUUGGAAUUAUCAACACCUACUCCGGUUACAAUCCCUGCCACGGGAAUGUACCGCAGCUUAUAGAAGCGGCGAAACGCGGUAUCCACCUCAAUGGCGGCCUUGCAGUUGAAUUUCCAACCAUAAGUGUACAUGAGUCAUUUUCGUAUCCGACAAGUAUGUUUCUAAGGAAUCUGAUGAGUAUGGAUACGGAGGAAAUGAUCCGUGCUCAGCCUAUGGAUGCGUGUGUCAUGAUAGGAGGAUGCGACAAGACUGUUCCAGCACAAUUGAUGGGCGGUAUAUCUGCAAACAAGCCUGUCCUUCCGUUAAUUACCGGUCCGAUGAUGCCUGGGAGUCAUCGCGGUAAGAGGAUAGGUGCCUGUACGGAUUGCCGGAAUAACUGGGCAGCUUUUCGUGCUGAAGAAAUAGAUAUUGAGGAGAUCUCGGAAAUUAAUGAGGAACUUGCUCCGACGAUUGGAACCUGUGGCGUUAUGGGCACUGCUAGCACAAUAGCGUGCAUUACUGCUGCUCUUGGUAUGAUGCCUCUGCGCGGAGCUUCCGCGCCAGCAGUUUCGUCUGCAAGAGCUCGAGUUGCCGAAGAAACCGGAGCAAAUGCUGUACUGACAGCGCGCAAAAAGCGGAAGCCGCAAGACAUACUAUCAAAGGAGUCGUUCCUAAACGCCAUCACCGUCCUGCAAGCGAUUGGUGGCUCAACAAAUGCAGUAGUUCACCUGAUGGCCAUCGCAAAUCGGCAUCCAAAAUUGCAAGGCGUGAUUACCUUGCAAACUUUUGAAGAGGUCGGGCGCAAUACACCACUACUGGUGGACCUCAAGCCCAGUGGCGAUAACUACAUGACUGAUUUCCAUAAUGCCGGGGGGAUGUUAGCGUUGCUACAUACCCUACGGCCCCUCCUUCAUCUAUCUGCCAUGACAAUCACGGGCCAAACAUUGGGCGAAGUUCUUGAUACGUCACCAUUCCGUGAAUUUCCCCUUUCUCGACAAAUUAUCAGAUCACUAUCAAACCCCCUCUAUCCUUCGUCAUCGCUGAUAGUCCUCCACGGAAAUAUAGCACCGAAUGGUGCAAUAAUGAAAGCCUCGGCCUCAAAGGACCGCAAUCUCCUCUCCCACGCCGGACCAGCAGUUGUUUUCGACAAUUCCGCUGACCUCGCCAAGCGCAUCGAUGACCCAGGCCUCGAGGUCGCGGCAAAUUCAAUCCUUGUUCUUAAGAACAUAGGGCCAAUCGGGAAUCCCGGGAUGCCAGAAGCCGGCCUUCUUCCUAUUCCGCGUAAGCUUGCAGCCGCAGGUGUAAAGGAUAUGCUUCGGAUCUCAGACGGCCGCAUGUCUGGUACGGCGGGCGGGACAAUUAUUUUGCACAUCUCCCCAGAAUCAGCAGUCCCAGAUUCGCCAUUUGGUAUAGUCCAAACGGGUGACCUUAUCAGUUGUGAUGUGGAGAGUAGAAAGCUACAACUGGAAAUAUCAGCCGAAGAAAUGGACGCGAGGAUUGAGGCUCGAAGAUCGGCGUUCGAGAUGGAGAAGAAACCAAGGCAGAGGGGGUAUCGCGGGUUGUACGAGCGGUCCGUUAACCAAGCGCAGGAUGGCGCGGAUUUCGAUUUUCUUACAGCGGACGGGGGAUCAAGAGAUUGA